AUGAAAAAGGGCAUGAUAGAAUGCAGCGUAUGCCAUUCCAAACUGCUGGCAUCUCCGUCUUCCAAAACAGUUUCGAGGGCUUAUGACAGGCACAAGAGCAGGGUGUCGUCCAAGCAGAAAGCCCUCAAUGUGUUGUUGGUUGUGGGCGAUUGUAUGCUAGUUGGCUUACAGCCUAUAUUGGUGUAUAUGUCCAAGGUGGAUGGAAAAUUUGAGUUUAGCCCGAUAAGUGUCAACUUCUUGACAGAAGUGACAAAAGUCGUAUUUGCAAUCGUUAUGCUUAUUUUACAGGCUAGAAGUCAGAAAGUCGGGGAGAAGCCACUUCUAUCGAUGUCUACUUUUGUACAGGCAGCUCGUAACAAUGUCCUCCUUGCGGUUCCUGCGCUUCUCUAUGCUAUCAAUAACUAUCUGAAGUUCAUAAUGCAGCUUUAUUUUAAUCCUGCAACGGUGAAGAUGCUUAGCAAUUUAAAGGUUCUGGUUAUUGCUGUUUUGCUCAAGUUGGUAAUGAAGCGUCGCUUCUCUAUAAUUCAGUGGGAAGCCCUUGCUUUGCUGCUCAUUGGUAUUAGUGUAAAUCAGUUACGCUCAUUACCUGAAGGUACUACCGCCUUGGGCCUUCCAGUUGCUACUGGUGCUUAUAUGUACACAUUUAUCUUUGUAACAGUCCCAUCUCUGGCCUCUGUAUUUAACGAGUACGCUCUGAAGAGUCAAUAUGAUACCAGCAUAUAUCUUCAGAAUCUGUUUUUGUAUGGCUAUGGUGCUAUAUUCAAUUUUCUGGCUAUACUGGGAAUUACACUCGUUAAAGGUCCCAGUAGCAUGGAUAUCCUCCAUGGUCAUUCAAGAGCUACCAUGCUUCUAAUAUGUAACAAUGCAGCCCAAGGAAUUUUGUCCUCUUUCUUCUUCAAAUAUGCAGACACUAUUCUGAAGAAGUACUCGUCGACGGUGGCCACAAUCUUCACAGGCAUAGCAUCUGCAGCAAUGUUUGGUCACAAGUUGACAAUGAACUUUGUGUUGGGAAUUUCAAUCGUGUUCAUCUCAAUGCAUCAGUUUUUCUCGCCCCUUGCAAAAGUCAAAGAUGAACCCCAUAAUGGGGUUAUGGAACUGAAGGAAGAGGACCCCCAAAGGUCAAAGGAAUCGUUCAUAAACAUGGCAGCCGCUGCAAAUGAAGAGAUGACUCACCGCGUAGGCCAUGACGAAAGACAGCCUCUACUUCCUACCUAA